UUGGUUCAGCGGGACGACUCAGACGGACACGGUCCGCCCGCUGUUCGUUUCGUGUCCGCUCAAACUCAUUUUUAUCUCAAAUUUGAGACACAUUUGGGUCUGCGACGGACACAAAGCAAACGUUUUCCGUGGCCUCCUCGUCCGCCUCCGUCCGCUGCAUGCGAGCACUGGCCCAUCUGUCAGCCACCCACCCAUCCCACCCCCGUCUCUCUUCUCCUUUUCUCUUUCUCCCAUCCACCCCACAGUGCCCCGCCACCGGCCGCUUCGGCCUCCGUCGCGAGCUAGCAGGGAGCAAGGGGGCAGCGCCGGAGAAGCACCGGAGCGGGGCAACGCCGGGCCAAGUGGAUGCUCUCAACGACCUCGCCGCGCAGGCGGCGCACCUCCACAGCGAGAACACGCGCGACCCCAUGCUCUCGACGACCUCGCCGGGCGUGGGCGAGGCGCGAGCUGCUGCUGGCGUACAUCGCGGGUGGCGUGCGGUGCGCUGCCGGGGCGAGAGCUACUGCAGCCCCGGCGAGCUGCUGCGGGCGGAGCUCGGGCACGAGUGGCACGGGGCCGGAGCAGCGGGGAGGGGCACGCAGCGUGGGUGGCGUGCGGUGCGCGGCCGGUCGAGAGCUGCUGCAGCCCCGGCGAGGCGCAUGCGACGGGGCGCGAGCGUGGCGUGCGGGAGCUGCGGGGCGGGGCGCGGGGCGAGGCUGCACGGCUGUUGGUUGGAAGCUCGUCGGAUGCAGGUGCCAGGAUCAUGUGGCUGAGCCUCCAUCCGCACGGUCGGUCUCGUACUUGAGCAUCUUGCUCGGCACUACAACACUCAAGGACACUGCCACUUCCUCAUCCUCCCCACAGGCUGUAGCUGAGACGCCGCCACCGAAGCCAACCAUUUAUGUCAACGACCCUCCUGAUUGGUACUUCAGUAUUUACAUCAGGAUCGAUCGUUCAGGAUUUUUCCAUACAUAUCCUCAUCUCGGUGGACCAUUCAAGAGCUUAAAGGAAGUUGAAAAGGCUAUUGAGAGCUAUCUUCAUGACAAGCGGCA